AUGUCACUUUCCCCUAAUAAAACAGGUACUAUCAAUACUGCAGUGCUUGAAGGUCAUGUGAAAGAUGUUAUAUCGUCUGCUAAAACUAAGAUCCAAGAUUUACAAAGAGAAAUCGAGUAGCUGAAUUCAGAAUAUGAUUAAGUUACGCAUUAGGUAAAUGAAGCACAGCACCAAAAGAAGGAAGUGAUGGAUCGCAAUAAGUAAUUGUAAGAACAACUAAAGUUAAUAAAAAUCCAAAAUGAUGAACUUGCCAACAGAAAAAUCGAAUUAACAUCUGAACUUAAGAAGGCUAAGGAUGACUUGAGCACUCUGAUUGAAAAAGGAGAGUAACAAAAGAACUAGUUCUUAAAGGAGAUUAACAAUCUCAAGGAAAUGGAGAAGAAAUUGCAGGAAACUAGAGACAGAGAAAAAAGAUAAUUCGAUGAUCUCGAAAGAAAUAAUCAGAAAAAAAUCAAUGCUCUCAAUGAAUCACUUUAAAGAAAAGAAUAGGAAAUUGAGAAUCUUAAGAGGACUUUAAUGGAACUUAACGAAAGAGAAGCACAGAGAAUGGAGGAAUUAGAAAAGGAAGCAGAGUUUUUCAAAAACAUUCUCAAAAAGUAUUGA